UUCCACGGCUCAUAGCACAACUCCGCUUGUCCGUCAUGAACUCCCCUAUUCCGGCGAUCGCUUCGGCACAUAGCAACCUCUGUAAUUCUGGUGAACUUGCAUCAAACAAGUAAUCUCUCAUCUCUCUCUCGUGGUGUGCAAAGAAGCGCAGCCGUAAGUUGCAGCGGCAAUGCCUUUCGAACCCUCCUCCCUCUGUUCCAUAAAAUUCCAUGUCCCCACCACCCCAAGAAUUGCAACAUACCUCUGAAAACAUAUCCAUUAGAAUGAAUUGAGAAGAAAAAUCCUUUCCACUUUCAAAGCAAUCUUUGCCCAACGAAAUGCCCAAAUUUGUCGCAACUGACGAAAUUCAGGACUAGAUUGGCCGUUGGCAAGGUAGGGUUCAAAGCUGUGGCAAAAUGACCAACUUUGUAACGAACAGAAGUUCUGGGGCUUGGGUUUCUCGAGAACAGAUUCCCUCUGCAAUUAACGGCAAGGUUUCCUAGAGAGAGACUGUAGGACUAGGAAAGGAGCGGGAACAAACCAAAUCUGUUUUUCGGUUUUUUCCUUUCGUUUCAUUUUUUGAAUCUCAGCCGUUAAAAGGAUACGGGAAAACGUGUCAACUCUUGAGAGCCCAAGCAGGAGAUUCCGUUAAAGUUUAGGAACAGGGGAGGAGCCGAACCCGGAAUACCAUCUCUCUCUCAAUCUCCCUCUCCUUUCGGAGAUUUUCUAGCAGAGCCACAAAGACUUGAAGGUUUAUACAAAAGGAUAGCUUUGAGUUUCGUAUUUCUCCACAAAUCAACGCAGCCUCUCUCUCCCUAAAUUCCUGUGCUUCUUUGGCUCUCCUGAUUUUUGUUAUUUUCACAGAGAAGGGUUUCCAUUCAAGAUGUGUUUCUUCCAAACCCAAGUACUGUUUCGUCUCUUUUGUUUCUUGAAUUGUUUUGAAAUCCCAUUUGUUUUGUGAGGCUUCGCUUCAUCUCUUCGUCAGAAUUUGAUCAUUCUGAAGAAGAAGUUGUCUAUCUCUUUGUAAGGCCUCCUUUGCAUCUAGUUAUUGGAGUUGAUAUGGGUUUCUGAAUUUUUUUUUUCUUUCUUAUUUGCAUUUUGGAAUAAAUUAAUGGAUCUAUGAAGGUGUGCUUCUAUGAUUUGAGGUAUAAACUUGUCAUUGAAGAUGCAACAGCAAUUGGGUUCCUGUCUUAUCUGCAAUUUGAAAAUUUAAUGGAUGAUAUGAAGGUGGGCUUCAGUAAUUGAGGUAGAAACUUGUCAUUGAAGAUGCAACCACAAUUGGAUCCGCCUCAAGAAGAACUGGAGAAGGCAAAGGCGCAAAUGACAGCAAUGGAAGAGGAGAAAGAUCGCCUUCUCGAUGAGCUCAGAGAGAUGAAGAAGGUCGCUGAGCAGGCGAAUUUAACGCUGAGUGAGGCCUUGUUGGCUCAAAAAGGACCACAGCAAUGUUUGGAGACUGAGAAGACACGGGCCUAUGAAUUGGAGCAGGCAAGCAUUACGUCAGCCCAGAAGAGGGAUCAGGCAUGGCAGCUUGAGCUCGAGGCAGUUCAGAAACAGCAUUCCAUGGACAUGGAUGCUCAUGUGAACGCUCUCUCAUCUGCUGGCCAAGAGAUUGAUCGUAUCCGUCAAGAGCUUGUAUUAGCCUUGGAAGCGAAAGAUGCUGCUGCCAAGAUGGCCGAAGAUUCUAGGAAUGUUGCUGAGGCCAAUUCCAAAAGGAUCUCAGAACUCUCUGCAGAGCUCAACUCUGUCGAGGAAUCACUGGCUAAUUCAACUGAGCAAUUAGUUAUGAAAGAGGAAGAUAAAGAAGCCAUGAGGAUUGAGCUGGAAAAGGCAAAACACAUAGCUGUAGAGUUGGAGGAAAAAGAAGCCUCACUAAAGAAGCUAAAACAGGAACUUUCUGAUGGAAAAGAGUCGGAGUCUCGCAUGCUGAAUUGCUUAUCUGAAACUGAGAUGCAACUUCAGACGCUGCAGAAUGAAAUGGAGAAAGCUAAGGAAUCAGAAUCGAAAACGUUCCAUUCCUUUACAACCCAAACAGAACAGCUUGAUCAAACCAGGAAUUUGCUUGAAGAAGCUAGGCUAGAGGUGACCUGUCUCCUUGAGAAGAUUGAAAACUUGGAAAGGUCAUCUGGGCAAAGUAGUACAGAUCCUGGAGUUUCUCAUUGCUACCUUGAGACGCCAAAUCCUGAUUCUCAAUCCAUAGAGGAAACCGUACGAGUUCUUAAGUAUGAGCUCCAAGCUGCAAAAGAGCAGUUGGCCCAUGCCCAAGAAGGAGAAGCACAAGCAUUGUCAAAGGUCCAAAGUUUAACCGAGGAGAUGCAUGGGUUCAAAAUUGAAAUGAAGUUAGCUACAGAUGCAGAAGAGAAGAGUAGGAAGGCAAUGGAUGACCUAGCAUUAGCCCUUAAAGAAGUCUUAAUGGAGGCCAACUUGAUGAAGGAGAAGCUCCUCUCAAGUGAAUCUGAUAGAGAUUAUGCAAAGGAAGAGGUUGAACGGUUGAACCAGAUGCUAAAGAACACAGAGGAGAAAUACAUAGGGCUCUUAAGUGAAGCAAGGAAGGAAAUCAAACGGAUUAAAGAUGAAUCUGAGAGAACGAAAUUAGAGGUUGAGGAAUCAAACUUGGCUUGGAAUGGAAAAGAGCUUGGGUUUAUUAGUUGUAUAAAAAGAGCUGAGGAGGAGUGCAAUGAUGCAAAACAAGAGAGCAGCAGAUUGUUAGAAUCAGUAAGACAGGCUGAGCACGUGAUUCGAGUGUCAAGGGAAGAGACAUACAAGUUGCGAGAUAUACUCAAACAAGCCCUGAACGAGGCUAAUGUUGCAAAGGAAGCUGCAGGGAUUGCCCAGGCAGAGAAUUACCAACUGAAGGAUAGCCUUGCUGAGAAGGAUAUUACUUUACAGGUCCUUACCCGAGAAAAUGAACGCCUUAGAAUCAAUGAAGCUGCAGCUCUUGAGAACAUCAAAGAGUUGAAGAGGUUGCUUUCAACCACAGCAACAGAAACAGCAUCACCAGCAACAACAACAGCCACAUCACCAGCAACAUCAACAGCAACACCUCCACCAACACCUCCACCAAAACUAGCAGGUUUGGGAGCAGAGUUGAAGGAACUGGAGGCAUUAAAGAACAGAGAGAAUAAUGGAAGUAAGAGACUAGCCAAAGUUCUUCAUAUUGAUCUUGAGGAUCUAAGAGUUCCAAAUGGAUACAAGGAAGCAGAUGGGGACUCUGAAAUAGAUGAGACGCUCAAGGGAUCAAUAUUUGAUGUGGACUCGCCAGGGCCAAUUCCCCAUCACCGCAGAGCAUCUUCAUCAUUUACUGAUGAUACAAUAAAUUCUGAAGAUCUUGAUAUUCUAGAUGGGAGCCAGCUUGAUGAUUUAGAUCAUGAUAGAAACGGACAUAGAAAGAAGAGAGCAUUAAUAAGAAGAUUUGGAGAUCUUCUGAAAAAAACAAGCUUCCACAGGAGGGAGGCAACGAUUAGCUAAGAUCUUGUUAUUACAACCAUCCACCCAAAUAUUUGGUGUUGAUGAUGAUGGUAACAUUCUGUAACUAUAUAUAUAUAUAUAUAUAUGUAUAUGUAUAGUUUGUUUAGGAAUUUGUUUGAAGAAGAAAUUUAUUACCUGUAAAUUAAAAUGUUCGAGCACGCUAAAUCAUCUUAGUAAUACGAUGUCUGACAUAUUUUCCCCUUA